AUGUGGAAAAGGUAUGGCAGCCCAAUUUUAAAUAUCAAAUGGCACCAGUCACUUAAUUCUACUGAACCUAAAUUGAUAACUGCUGAUAAGCAUAUAGUACGGGUUUGGGAUCCUAAUACAGGAAAUAACAUGACUAGCAUCGAACCUGAUAAUGGUUCUAUCAAUGAUGUUUGCAUCUUCCCGAAUAGUGGUUUAAUGCUAUUAGCCCUGGACAACAGCCAGAUACCUGCCCACUUUAUUCCUGCACUUGGCCCUGCUCCAAAGUGGUGCUCACAUCUUGAUAACCUAACUGAGGAGAUGGAAGAGAAACAAGAAAACACAUUAUAUGACGGUUACAAGUUUUUGACUGAAGAAGAGAUGGAACGAUUGGGUCUCUCCGAGUACAAAAACAGUGAUCCUGUCAGAGCACAUUUACAUGGAUAUGUUAUACGCUACGAUCUAUAUAAGAAGCAACGGGCUAAACUUGAUAUUAUGGAUUAUGAGACUCUUCAAAAAGAGAUGAAGAAAAAUAAACUAGAUGCGCAAAGGAAAUCUCGUACAACGCAAGUUGUCAAAAUACCAAAGGUUAACCGGCAAAUGUUUGACAAUAUACUUGCAGAGGAAGAGGAAAUGGAUGCUGAUGUGGAUAAUGUUGAUAAAUCUAGCACCAGGAAGAAGAAAAGAAGAUUAGAAUUGACCAAGUCACUAUUGACAGAUCCGCGUUUCGAUGAAAUGUUUAAAAAUAAGGCCUACAAAGUCGAUGUAACCUCAAGAGAAUACCAAGUACUCCAUCCUCAAGUGGCUACAGUGGAUCCUCCUCUAGUUGAGGAACAUUUUGAUAGUGUCAGUGAGGACGAAGAGGAACAAGACGCUGGUUCUUCUGAUGAGUCUGACAGUGACAAUGACAUGCAUAAUUCAAAGCGUAUAAGGUUGUACGAAGUCAAGGAUGAUCGCCAUGCUGAUGCGUUCUUGAACAGUGUCUCCCUUGGCGGCGAGGAAGCUCGGCCCCUUGGAGAUAGGGUAGCUGCACUGGAAAGGCAGCAGAACUCCCGUGCACUUGAUAAGGUGAAGUACGGACCUGGCGGCUCACGAGAAAUCUCGUUCAUCGCUAGAAGCUCAAGAAGGCGCAACAACGAAGAAGAUGAACACAGCGAAGAAGAGGCUACAGCGGCAGAGGCGAGUUUGGAGGCGGAGGUCGUCGCCGCCGCCGCGAUGCUUUCCCUGUCGAGGGCGCUCGGGAGGCGGCUCUUCUCCUCCGCGGCAGCCGCGGCCGAAGGGGGCGCCGCCGCUUCGACGUCGGUGGUCAGGAAGGCGCAGAACCCCCUCGAGGAGUUCUUCGAGGUGGAGCGGAGCGCCGCAGACGACCAGGCCCGUCCCCACUACGGUACAUCCAGUCUCUCGCUCCGACUUCCAUAUAGUCUGCCUAGGCUGUUCUUCGCGGAUCUUCAAUGA